GAAUUUGAGUGGCUUAGAUGAGUCGAACGCAGGAUCGAGUCGAGCCAAUCAUCAUAACCUCAGCCUUAUCCACACACCAGAGAUAGCGUAGGAGGAGAUAUGUCACGGGCCGCCACCGGGAUCUUCCAAACCAAGAAAUGGCCACCCCGGCUCUCUUCAUCCCCACCGUCGGCAAUGGCUUUGUGCGCAGCUCAUUCCCGCGCUUUUCCUUUCCUUCUCUUCCCGCCGCAAGAAUCAUCAAACCAGCCAGGAUCUACGCAAAUCUAGGUGGAGCGGAUGGAGAGGCGAAGCCUGCCAAGAAGAAGUUCAUCACCAGGGAAGAAGAACCAGACCAAUAUUGGCAGACGGCAGGUGAGAGGAAAGGGGAAAACCCCAUGAAGACACCUUUGCCGUACAUCAUCAUCUUCGGUAUGUCGACGCCUUUCGUCAUCCUCGCCAUUGCAUUUGCUAAUGGCUGGAUCAAGAUGCCCAUGAAGUGACUGAGAGAGAGAGAGAGAGAGAGAGAGAUGGCAGUUUAUGAUCGUUGUUUAGCUAACACAAAAACGUGUACUGUCUACUGUUUCGAUCAACAAAGGAGUUUGUCUGCAGUAAUCGAUCUGCAUUAUUGUGCCGUGAAAACAUGGCAAUCGCUGUGUACAAACCACUGGGAAGAAGACAAUAUAUUACGUCAUCACCAAAGUAAAAGCCUGCAUCUUAAUAGUUGUCCCCAAUCCACCUUCGCUGAAACGAACCUCCCUUUGUAUUUAUUUAUGGAAUCGAAAAGUUUGCAUCUUCGUA